UUAUCGAUAACGCACCCUAUAACCGAGGCAGCGAGGCUGCACCCACCUCCACAGCUAACUGCGCCUGCAUAUCCAAUAAACCGCAACAAAACUCUAUUCGCUCAGUCUCUCCCCCCGGAAAGCUGCCAAGAGCGAGCGCAUCAUGAUAGAAGUCGUAUACGUGAUACGGCACGCGUUCCGCGCCAACUGGGUCGUUAAUCCUCAGACGGGCGAAUACUCGGCGUCGAUGGUGAGGACGCCAACUGGGAUUCCGACUGACCCGCCGCUGGCGGCCAAGGGAGUGGAGCAGUCGAAAGAGCUGGCAGAGUACCUUUGCAGUCUGGAACCGCCAAUCGAUCGGAUCUAUUCGAGCCCCUUUUAUCGCUGUUUGCAGACGCUAAAACCCACUGCCGAGAGGCUGUUCAAGGAGGGGAAGGCUGGGGGGAAAAUCAGGAUAGAUCGCGGAAUUGGAGAGUUCUUCGGCCGCGCCGACUUCGACCAUCCUACACCACCAGACGUCAAAAUCCUAAACCCGCACUUCGAGGACUUGGACCAAAACUACGAAUCCAUCCACAUCCCGCACUCAAAGGGCGAAUUUAUUGUCGAGCUGCACCAGCGUGUUCGAAAUGCGCUGAACCACAUUAUCACCGCGCUCGACAAUGACCCCGAGCAGCCAAGAGCAGUCCUACUCUGCACGCACGCCGCCACCAUGAUCGCGGCAGGCCGCGUACUAACGGGCCAGAUGCCGGAGGAUCCCGACGAAGACGACUUCCAGUGCUACACGGCGUCGCUAUCGAAGUUUGUGAGACGGAGUACUGAUCCGGGGAAGAGUCCGAUAGGGAACUGGGACUGCGUGGUGAACUCAGAGACGGGGUUCUUGUCUGGUGGCGCGGAGAGAGGCUGGAAGUUCAACGGCGAGGAAAGCUUCAUAGCGUUUCCUGAGGACCCUCUCGACGGGACGAAUUCACCCAAACUGUGAGCGCCAUUGGCUCUUGAGCAUAGAGACCCUGAUUUGCAUUUUUAACUCGCUCGCUGUGGGCGCGAUAGAAUCUGAUAGAUUAUGGUGCGCACCAAGGGCGCGGCGUAUAAGCUGUUCUAAGGGCUGAGCUAUUGUCGCACGGUAC